GGGGCAGUGGUCUACUCAGCUGGCAACAUGCUCCGCUUCCUGGUGUUCAGCACCCUGGUCCUUUAUGGACGCAGCACCCAGGACGUUCCAGAAACCAAUGCCCGGGUAGUUGGAGGGACUGAGGCCCGGAGGAACUCCUGGCCCUCUCAGAUCUCCCUCCAGUACCUGUCCGGGGGCAAAUGGUAUCACACCUGCGGAGGGACCCUCAUCAGACAGAACUGGGUGAUGACAGCUGCUCACUGCGUGGACAGAACAAUGACCUUCCGCGUGGUGGUCGGAGAGCACAACCUGAGCCAGAACGACGGCACCGAGCAGUCCGCGAGUGUGCAGAAGAUUGUGGUGCAUCCGUACUGGAACAGCAAUGACGUGUCUGCCGGCUAUGACAUUGCCCUGCUGCGCCUGGCCCAGAAAGUUACCCUCAACAGCUAUGUCCAGCUGGGUGUCCUGCCGCAGGAGGGAGCCAUCCUGGCCAACAACAGUCCCUGCUACAUCACAGGCUGGGGCCUGACCAAGACCAAUGGGCAGCUGGCCCAGGUUCUGCAGCAGGCGUACCUGCCCACCGUGGACUACGCCAUCUGCUCCAGCUCCUCCUACUGGGGCUCCAUCGUGAAGAAAUCCAUGGUGUGCGCUGGAGGAGACGGAAUUCGCUCUGGAUGCCAGGGUGAUUCUGGGGGCCCCCUCCAUUGCUCGGUGAAUGGCAAGUACACUGUCCAUGGAGUGACCAGCUUUGUGUCCAGCCUGGGCUGUAACGUCUCCAGGAAGCCCACAGUCUUCACCCGGGUCUCUGCUUACAUCACCUGGAUAAACAACGUCAUUGCCUCCAACUGAACAUCUUCCUGAACCCAAAGGCCUUCCUAAGUGAUGCUUGGAUCCACAGUAGGACUUGAGGCCAUCAGGGAAAAAAUGUUCUGAAAGACCUUUGAGCCAGAUACAGAAAAACAAAUAAAACAGAAUUUACAUUCUCA